CACUGUUGGAUCAAUUUCGUUUCGUUUUAACCGUAUUGGUAGAUGCCUAUUUCAUCCACCGAGGCAUGGUGCAGAAUCUUCCCUAUCUGCGCCUCACGGAAUCCGUUCUGCUCAACGUAGGAAACUAUCUGAGUUUGGUGAUGCUGUCGCUGUUGACGUUCACCUUGCCGCUGUGGAACCGUAUCAGAGCCAGCGCGGUAUUCGACAUCCUUUACAAUAUCAACGACUGUGAUCGGAAGCUACGAAUGCUAGGAAUCGCUAUCAACCAUCGGAAACAUUACAUAAUCAGUAUGUGAAUAUCAACCAACUUUGGAUUUUUCACUUGCUACAGCAAUUUGACGCUGCUGUCGAUCAAGGAACGGUUUGAUGGUCUACAGAGUGGCAUGAUAAAUUGUUUGACGUCAAUGAAAGCUCCACGGAGUGCAAUCAGUUCCAGUCUUAGGUGUGAAAUGGUAUCCCAAAUUGCUGGCAUCCAUCACCAGCUAAACGACACAAUUCUGCUGUUCAAUCGAUGCUUCUCCUUUCAAGUGCUGCACGCGAUCACAAUGACAUCCUUUUUCACGCUUUUCGUCGUUUUUGGAUUUAUUCACGCCUAUACGUCCGAGGUGAACGACGUUACGGUGCAGGUCGCGUGGAACAACUUACUGUACGAUGUGUUCUACGUGGUGAUGUUCAUACAGCUCAUGGUAUCGACUUGCUUUGUCAGCGGAAAUUGUAAGAAAAUUUCGAUCGCCUUACAGAAGACAAUUUCGUACGGUUGUUACGAUAAACGAGUUUUUAGAGAGUUGGGAAGAUUUUCUCGCCAAUUGGAGCAUCAUACGUCGAAAAUCAGCUGUGGUUUAUGCGACUUCGAUUGGACGCUCUUAUAUUCGAUAGCCGGUACGUUCACGAUGUAUUUGGUCAUCCUAUUACAGUUUGAUAUAGGAAAUUUAGAUUUUCAUCGGCAGUAAUUUGUCUGGAUAUCUAAUGGAGUAUUUGAAAUGUAAAUUUUGAUAUACAAUAGUAGUUUCAGCAUAUUUUCAAUGCUGGUUAGAUUUAGAAAAUUCCAAUAGGGUUACUGUACUGGUUGGAUGCUAAUUUGGCCAAUUUUGCAAAUAGCUCUGAAACUCAAGCCAUUUUUAUUAGAUUUUUAUUUGGCCCAUCCCUUUGGCUUCUGUGCUAUUGAAACUGAUCGAUUACUUUGAAUACUAACAUAUUUUACAGAGUUGGC